GGUCCCAAACAUCUUCACAAGUAUCACAACAAACUUUCGCUGAUGUGGACCUUUUCUUCUCGCUUUCCCUUCUUCGACCCUCUAUAUAAUUUACUAUGCAGCCUUUAAGGCCCCAAGUAAUUUCAAUACCAAGCCGGCGAACUAUUCGUGGCGCUGCUCUACUGAUGGGUACUAGGUAGACAUAAUAUCAUUGCUAUUAAUAUGAGAUUGUUCUGCGCACAAGGACUAAUUCUUAUUACUUUUUGCUACCCUCAUUCUUUGACAUCAAACUAUUGUUUCAGCACUGAUGGUUCCCAUCUCAUCUUCACUAACACAUUUUCUUAUAACUAUUCGCGAUAUUUCAUUUCUUCAAUGUUUCAAAAGACAACACAAGAUCAGAACCUCGUUUUUCUAGAGAAUACUGAUCAUUCGCGCAAAGAUGUCGAAAACUGUCCUGAUUCUCGGGGCUUCCUAUGUUGGACUCACAGUCGCGCAUAAGCUUUUGAAAACGACUCUGUCGGCGGUUCCUGACCUCAAGAUAGUUUUGGUCUCGCCUACCACACAUCUAUAUUGGAACAUGGCUUCAGUUCGAGCAAUUGUUCCAGGACAAUUCGGAGAUGAAAAGAUGUUCGCCGAGAUUGCGCCUGGCUUUUCCAAAUAUCCAAGCGAAUCUUUCGAGUUCCUCUUAGGGACCGCUACGAGUAUGGAUGCGGUCGCUAAAACCGUCACGAUCAAAACUACGGCGGGACACGAUUCAGUUCAAUCAUACGAUUCGUUGGUUAUUGCUACCGGUAGUCACACCAUAGGCGAAGUACCGUGGAAAGGAGCACCGUCCGGAUACGAACAGACCAAAGAGCUCCUUCAUAGAUUUCGCGAGAAGGUAGCCAACGCAAAAAUUAUUGUAGUGGGAGGCGCAGGACCCACGGGUGUAGAGACCGUCGGAGAGUUAGGAUUCGAAUUUGGAAAGACCAAGGAUGUCAUAUUAAUCACAUCCAGCGACGAAAUUCUCAAAGGCGCAGUCACGAGCCCCAUCGCCUCAGGAGCCCAAAAAGAGCUCGAGAAAAUGCAUGUCAACGUGCGACUCCGCACGCGAAUCAACUCCACCAAAGUGCUCCCCACCUCCCAAACCGAACUCUCCCUAUCCAAUGGCGAAAAACUGCUUUGCGAUCUCUAUCUCCCCACGCUGGGCACCAUCCCAAACAGCCAAUUCAUCCCCAGAGACCUGCUCGACGGUCAAAACUUCGUAAAAGUCGAUCCGCAGCUGCGCGUCCACGGCGCCGAAGAUGUCUGGGCCGCAGGCGACAUUAUCGAUGCGCAACCGAGCCAGUUCGUCUACGCGGAUAAACAGGCGCACGCGCUGGCGAAAAAUUUAGAUCUGGUGCUGAGAUCGAAAGCCCCCGUGGUGUAUAAAACGGACGGGGCCCCGAUGAUUGCGGUGGCUCUUGGACGGAGCAAGGCGACGGGCAGGUCGGGAAAUUUUAAAUUGCCGAGCUUGAUUGUUUGGUUUGUUAAGGGUCGCACGCUAGGCACUCAAAACCUCCUACCAUACGUCAACGGUACCAAGUUUUGAAUGAAUACACAAACAAACAAACCAAAUAAACGGAAGAACAAACGCACAAACGAUGGAGCAAUAAUGUAAAAUGUAAUGAUAUAGCGAUAGCGAUGUAAUCACGGGCAUAAUCAUGGGACUGAUAUUGGUAUUGGUAUUGGUAUUCGUAUUAUUAGUAUUUGUCAGGCCUAGUCAGGUCAGGUCAGGUCAGGAAAGGAAAGGAAAGGUCAAAUCAGGCGCGCACGUGUGGAGGUUCGAUAUACCCAGGCCUCUUUUUGAAGACACGGCCAGCACAGACGGCAAAAGGUGUUGGAUAUUUCUUUUUUUUUAUGUGUAUAUAAUUUUGGUAAUUACUUGUAUGGAUGUGAUA